AUGUCACCAAUAGAACGGAAGUUAUAUAUUUGCUGUGGAAUUGAAUUAUCGUCUUCGGGGCAUGGCCGUAUAUCCGAUGUGGCAUCCAGGGUUAUCUCUUGGUCAUUAAGAAGGGAUUCAAUGCAGAUAUUGGAAUUAUUCUUGGGGGGAGCAUCAUUUCUUCCCAUAGGACCUCUAUUGGCAUAUGGAGUUGGCUGUCUGGCGUUUGCUGAGGUAACUUUGCCUUAUCAGCAUUGUGAUCUGGUGUUUUAUGCGGGAUUGAUGAGGCAUGUGCUUUUUAUCAGUACAGUCAACCGUUUGAUAUGGCGAGUGCCUCUUAUCAGCAUAGUGUGUCGGUAUUGGGUGUGGUAUGCGCUUAUUAUCAACAUAGGUGUUGCGGUUAGAAUAUGA